AAGUUGUAGUUUUUUGUGGGGCACUCACACACGCAGGCGGGCGUGUAUUAAACUACACGUCCCGACGCGACGUCAAAGUCGCGAAUGGUGUAAUUGCGCUCAUUUUUGACUGGCUGCUUCUAAAAUGUGGUACGGCUGAGAAGGGGGGGACCAAGCGAGCAGUCAGUGUAGCUGAAGUGGUGGCCGCCACCGGGAUGCGCACGUCAACCGGGGGGAGAAAAGUCGGAAAUUAACCGCUUGCCACCGCAGCGGGAGGACAAGUGGGGUCAAGACAAUGGCGGAAAAGCACCGCUAAGAAGAGGAAAUUCAACAACAUAAGCGACUACGCGGGAAUAUAUUCUUUUACGUACCUGACUGUCCGACGGUGUGAGACUUUUCCCCCCGAUUCGUCUACGAGAAUGGCGACCAGCCAACGGUUCGAGGAUGUUCUCACUCCGCUGGCCGGCUUCUAACUGACAGACUGACUGACUGACCUUUUACGCACGGGACCGAGCCACGCUUUCUUCUUUUGUUUUUCGUCUUCGCCGAGGAGGAACUUCUCAAUGCCUUUUUAAUGAUUCGAGACUUGAGCAAGAUGUACCCGCCGGCACGGCAUCCGCCUGGGCAGCCAUUUAAGUUCACCGUGUCCGAAUCCUGUGACCGAAUCAAGGAGGAGUUCCAGUUUCUCCAGGCCCAGUAUCACAGUCUGAAAAUGGAGUGUGAGAAACUGGCAAGUGAGAAAACGGAGAUGCAGAGACACUAUGUCAUGUACUACGAAAUGUCAUAUGGACUCAACAUUGAGAUGCACAAACAGGCGGAGAUUGUCAAGCGGCUGAACGCAAUCUGCGCCCAAGUCGUCCCCUUCCUUUCUCAAGAGCAUCAGCAGCAGGUGGUUCAAGCGGUGGAGAGAGCCAAGCAGGUCACCAUGGCUGAACUCAAUGCGAUCAUUGGACAGCAGCAGCUCCAAGCUCAGCACCUCUCCCACGGCCACGCCAUCCCCAUACCGCUCACACCGCACCCGGCAGGCCUUCAUCCCCCCCUGCCCCCCGGCGCUGGUACUGCCAGCCUGCUGGCGCUCUCCUCGGCCCUCGGCCAUCAGCUGCCUCUCAAAGACGAGAGGAAACACCAGGACGCCGCCGAAGAACACCCGAGAGAGAGAGACUCCGUGAAGAGCUCAUCUGUGUCUCCGUCCGCCAAUUUUCGGACCGGAGAGAAGCACCGCAGUUCCGCCGAUUACUCCGCCGACAGCAAGAAGCAGAAGACAGACGAUAAAGAGUUGAGCUCCACACGCUAUGAGAGCGAUGGUGAGAAGAGUGACGACAACUUGGUCGUGGAUGUGUCCAACGAGGAUCCAGCUUCUCCCAGAGGAAGUCCCGCCCACUCUCCUCGGGAGAACGGAUUGGACAAGAGCCGCCUGCCGAAGAAGGAUGCGCCACUGAGUCCCUCUUCUGUCGCCUCUUCCAGCAGUACCCCUUCAUCCAAAUCCAAAGAGAUUAAUUUAAAGAAUGAAAAGUCCACCACACCAGUUUCCAAGUCCAGCACACCCACAUCUCGGUGUGACGCGCCCACUCCCAGCAGCACCACCACCACCAGCCUGAGGGCAGCUCCGAGUAAGCCAACAGGAGUCGAGACGCUCGCUGAUAAAAGAAGUUUGGAUUGCCUUCUCGUUGCAGCACCCGGCCUGCGCACACCGAUGGCGGUGCCAUGCUCGUACCCCGGCCCGUUCGGGAUGGUCCCUCACCUCGGCAUGAACGGCGAGCUGAGCGGAGCGGGCGCCCCCUACGCCGGCCUGCAUAGCAUGAGCACUGUGGCCGCAGCCGCCGUGGCCGCCUACGGACGCACACAAGUGGUGGGUUUUGAUCCUCACCAUCACAUACGAGUCCCCGGCCUUCCUCCAAACCUAUCAGGAAUCUCUGGUGGAAAACCAGCCUAUUCCUUUCACGUGAGCGCUGACGGACAAAUGCAGCCAGUACCUUUCCCUCCGGACGCUCUGAUCGGCCCGGCCAUCCCGCGUCACGCCCGACAGAUCAACACACUUAACCACGGGGAGGUGGUGUGUGCUGUCACCAUCAGCAACCCGACCCGUCAUGUUUACACCGGCGGCAAGGGUUGCGUCAAGGUGUGGGACAUCAGUCACCCCGGCAACAAGACCUCCGUGUCACAGCUGGACUGCCUUAACAGAGACAACUACAUCCGCUCCUGUCGACUGCUCCCCGAUGGACGGACGCUCAUUGUGGGGGGUGAGGCGAGCACUCUGUCAAUCUGGGACUUGGCCACGCCGACGCCGAGGAUCAAGGCGGAAUUAACGUCAUCGGCGCCUGCGUGCUACGCCUUGGCCAUCAGCCCCGACUCCAAAGUCUGCUUUUCCUGCUGCUCGGACGGAAACAUCGCCGUCUGGGACCUUCACAACCAGACUCUGGUUAGACAGUUCCAGGGCCACACCGAUGGAGCAAGCUGCAUAGACAUCUCGAAUGAUGGCACCAAGCUUUGGACGGGAGGCCUGGAUAACACCGUCCGCUCGUGGGAUCUCCGAGAAGGCCGUCAACUGCAGCAGCAUGACUUCACCUCGCAGAUCUUCUCACUGGGAUACUGUCCAACUGGCGAGUGGCUGGCCGUCGGGAUGGAGAACAGCAACGUGGAGGUCCUGCACGUCUCCAAACCUGACAAGUAUCAGCUCCACCUCCACGAAAGCUGCGUGCUCUCGCUCCGAUUUGCUCACUGUGGAAAGUGGUUCGUCAGCACGGGAAAAGACAAUUUGCUCAAUGCCUGGAGAACCCCGUAUGGAGCCAGCAUAUUCCAGUCCAAGGAGUCGUCUUCGGUGUUGAGUUGCGACAUCUCCGUAGAUGACAAGUACAUUGUGACCGGCUCCGGAGACAAGAAGGCCACUGUCUAUGAGGUCAUAUACUAGAGCAAGCCCGGGGGGGGGGUCAUCCUCCCACCCAGGCACCAUUCAACGAGGCCAACCCCGUGUACCAUAUGUAAUGUGUAUAAUAGGGAUUUUACGUUGUUCUUGGAAUUUUUUAAGGCUGUUCAGAAAUUGAACGAAGCACAGAUUCUUUUUUUUUUUGAAUGAGUGAAUGUAAUGAAUGUCCAUGCACACUGAGCAAACUGUCUGUUAUUAAGUCAUUAUCCACACAUUUCUUGACCCCCCGCCAAAAAAAAAAAAAAAAAAAAUCCAACACUUUUUUGAGUGUUUGCGUAGAUGUGCGGCACAAACACGAGCUUAUUUAUUGUUUCCUUUCAGUAUUUUACUUAUUCCUGUGUGUGGUUGGAUGCUUGAAAGAGGGCUGUGUUGCACUUAACAUUUGACACUGGAUUUGGCCGUCAAAAUUACCUGUGGAUUAAUAAGGCAUUGAGAUGCUUCCUCACAUUUACCAGAAAAUGCAUGUUUGGUUCAAUUGAAGACCCUAAAUCAUCCAAUGGUAUGAAUGGGUGUGAAAAUGCCUGUUUGUCUGUCAUGUAUGUCCAGGGUCCGACAUUAACGGUGGCCCAGUGACCCUGGCCUUAUACAACACCGCCACGUACUUACCUCAGUGUCUUCCAUCAAGAGGAAUGACGCAGAAUAUACGCCCCCCCCCCAAAAAAAAAUCACAAAAUAUAAUAUCCCUUCCGCUCGUGAGUAUUUGUGUGUGUAAUAACAAGAUUGCCCUCAGUGCCCUCACUACGUUGCGUGUAGGGGAAAAAAAACCACACUGUGCCUUUACACCUCUCUGUCCAACCGCGGUUACUGAAUAUUACUGUUGCAGAAGAUGAAUUAUAAAACCUGCAUUUUUGCCUUGUUUUUUUUUUGGGGGGGGGGGUCAUUUUCCCCCCGUGUUAAAGUCAUGCCAAGUUGGCCUAUCACGGUAUCCCAUGUAUACUGACUAAACUGACGCUCAAUAAAUGUUUACAAAUAAGAAGUUUUCCAUCGAUAAAUAAUUCACAAAUCCGGCUCUUCUGCCAAAACGUGAGAAAGCCCGUUUUUCAUAUACACGCCGUACAGUGUGGCUUAAGCUGAUCGUACGUGUAUUUAAAAACUGAUUUACCAAAGAAAUAAUAUAAAGCGAAUGAAUCCAUUCCAGGGUUACCAUCAUAAUAUAUUCACAACGGGAAAUGUGUAAAGUAACAUUUAACAUUCCGACAUGUCUAGAAAGUACAAAAAAAAAAAAAAACGGCGUCAAAGUAAAAUAAAGUAAAAUUGCUCACCUUUUGAAGAUCCCCGACCGACACGAAUUUGGAAGGGAACAGGUGCAAUUAAGGACUAAAAAUCUUUGAAAUAGAAAUUGUACAACUUUUAGAAAUUCCACUCCCUGCUUUUGAAUCCUACUGUAGUGGUUUUUUUUUUGUUUUUUUCUCUUCUGUGAAAAAGUGCGCUUGAAGGAAAAAGUAUGUUUCACUCAAAUUUCAGUGUCUCAACAUAACAUGACCAAACACAACGAUAUUCUUCUGGACUAAUCUCAACGCCCUUGUGAUUUUGUUCAUCCACAU